UCUUUCUUUCUUUCUUUCUUUCUUUCUUUCUUUUGUUCGUCUUGUUACUUUCUCUUUCUUUCUUCUCUCUCACCUCCCCUUCCCUUCCCUUUCCUUCUUUCUCCUCCACUCUUUCACUCCCAAAGGUCCUCCUCACUGUCUCGUUCACGGAGCCGUCUUUUUUUAUUCGCACGCAGCCUCUCUUACUCUGCAGAAACAAUCGACUUAAACGCUCUAUUAUAAAUUGGCACCACCGCCCGACUACAUCUAUUAUUACAAUGGAAUCCCUACAGGAGUACUCCCGCAAGUUCGAGGACAUCAUUGACAGCAUUGGCCAACCCAUAAAACCCUACAUUCCAGCGAUUGCGCGUUUCCUUAUCGUCGUGACCUUCCUCGAGGAUGCCCUCCGUAUCACGACCCAGUUCAGCGACCAGCUGUUCUACCUCGAGCGCAGUCGUCGCUUUCCAUGGGGCCUCAGCCAUAUCUUCUUGCUCACCAACGUCUUGACCAUGUUGAGCUGCUCCGUCAUGGUGAUUGCAAGGAAACACACGGAAUACGCAGCAGCGGCCCUCUUCGGAGUCGUGAUCACGCAGGCACUCGGCUACGGUUUGAUCUUCGACGCCAGCUUCUUCCUCCGCAACCUCUCCGUGAUCGGUGGCCUGUUGAUGGUUGUUUCGGACAGUCUGAGCAAACGCAAGCAGCUCUUUGCGGGAUUGCCCUCCAUCACCGAGAACAACAAGCGCACGUACUUCCAACUCGCUGGCCGAGUGCUCCUCAUCUUCUUGUUCAUCGGCUUUGCUCGCCCUGGAUCCUCUCUCCAUGGAUCCUGGUCCUUGACCCGUGUCAUUGGAUCCGUCAUCGGCUUUAUCGCCUGUGUGAUGAUUGCGCUCGGAUUCAAGGCCAAAUGGUCGGCCAUGUUCCUGGUCCUCUUCUUGUCCAUCUUCAACAUUGUCGUCAACAACUGGUGGUCCGUCGAUAACGCCCACAUGCAGAAGGAUUUCCUCAAGUACGACUUUUUCCAGACGCUAUCGAUCAUGGGCGGUCUCUUGCUCCUGGUCACAAUUGGACCUGGCGGUAUGAGCAUGGACGAGAAGAAGAAGGCCUUCUAAGCAUAUGUGUCUAUAUUUGUUUGUGUGUCUUUUUUGUAUUUUGCAGCUGCUCCAUUUCAAAGAACCACCCAUUUUUUGUCUCCGAAAAUAAAUUCCACUCUGUCUAGGCAAAAAAAAAAAAAAACUUCAGCCACACAUUUUUUUUUUUUU